GUUCUGAUGCUUCUCCAGGCCGCGCCGGGCACCCGGGACGCGUCUCGGGCCCGCACGGGGGCGCUUCUUCCGAGACAGGGGAUGGGGUGGAAGGGGAAGAGGUCCAAACCCUGGGGUCGAAACAGGAGUGAUGGAGGGUUCCUCAGCUCCUGAACGAGACCAACAUGGCCCGUAUCGAUGGCCGAAGCCGGCGUGGAAGCCCAGGGAGAAAGGCCACCUUGAGGAGCUCCACCCAGCCCCGAGACGCGCCCGACAGCCCUCCCGAGAGCGAAGGGCCCAAGGGAGGUGCGUCCUAAGCAAGGGUCAAGGCUAGAGGCGCUAUCCCCUAGGCGGAAGAAGUAGCGGGGGCGGGGCCUAUCGGAGGCCCUCCUUCUCCCUCUUCCAGUGCCCAGUUCUGGCCCCUGGCCUAGUUGGGCCGCUUGCCCGCCUUCCUCGCGAGAGCUAGCCCCGCAGGCGCGGACUCGCAGGGCGCUGCCUCAGCGACCCUGGCACGUGACGUAGGCGGCCUUCGCCAGUUGGCUGUUCUUUGGAGCCCGCUCAUUGGUCCGGAGCGUCCCUCGCCCCACCCCCCCAGAUCAACCAAUGGGCGGAGGCGGGGGCGUGCCAACGGGAGGGCGGCCGCGGCGCGGGGCUCCCUUCCUCGUGCUCGGCGUUGAGCUCCUGCAGCCGCCGCCGCCGCAGCGGUCGUCCGUGCCCUCCCCGGCCCCGGGGUGCACCCCGCAAGGCUCCCGCUGGUGUCCCUGGAGCAUGGGAGGCUGCUGAGUGUGAGUGGCGGUGUCCGGCAGGAGCUGCGUGGCAGGGAGGGCGUCCAUGGCUGCAGCCAACAAGGGCAACAAGCCCAGAGUCCGGAGUAUCCGCUUUGCGGCAGGCCACGAUGCAGAAGGAUCCCACAGCCACGUCCACUUUGAUGAGAAGCUGCAUGACUCGGUGGUCAUGGUCACCCAGGAGAGUGACAGCAGCUUUCUGGUCAAGGUUGGCUUCCUGAAGAUCCUGCACAGGUAUGAGAUUACCUUCACUCUGCCCCCAGUGCACAGGCUGAGCAAGGAUGUCCGUGAGGCACCUGUCCCCAGCCUGCACCUCAAGCUGCUCAGCGUGGUGCCCGUCCCUGAAGGUUAUAGUGUCAAGUGCGAGUACUCGGCACACAAAGAGGGCGUCCUCAAAGAGGAGAUACUGCUAGCCUGCGAAGGUGGCACUGGCACCUGUGUGCGCGUGACGGUGCAGGCCCGCGUCAUGGACCGGCACCACGGCACGCCCAUGCUGCUGGAUGGUGUCAAGUGCGUGGGCGCUGAGCUGGAAUACGACUCAGAGCACAGCGACUGGCAUGGCUUUGACUGAGGCCCGAGGCCCCGCCUGCCCCGGGCCCCUCAGCCUUAAACCCUGCCUUGUCCCCCGACAUGCUGUGUGAUGGUGUGGCUUCCUCACCCCUCUCUGGGGUGGGCGUGGGGGUGGAGUGGCCUUGCCCAUGCCUCUCACCUCUGCCUUCAUUUGUGCUGCCACCCUGCCCCUCCCUCGUCCUCCUCUCCCACUUCCUCCUCUCCGUGUGCCUCAGUCUCCUGCCGGAAGAAAUGGGUUGAGCCCGAAAGGAGGCUGUCUGAGGAAGGGAGAGGGAGGGCCUGGGGUGGGUUCCCUGCUCCCCACCCCAAGCCACAAGGGGCUCCAACCAGGGUCUGGGAGAGGAUGGAGCUGGCUCUGUGUCGUCGUGGCCCCAUUACUGCUGCUGCUGCCUUGCUUCAGCCACCUCUCCUGCCCCUCCCUCGUCCCCAGUGCUGUCCACCAUGAGUAGGAGGGAGGUGCAGUCCCCAGCCCCCACCCCUCAGGUCUGUGUUACUUGGUUUUUAAGCGACUGGUUGGGAUAGAACCCUAAAGAAAUAAAACUUCCAGUGGAUACC